AUGGUUAUUAAACAUAAGAUUACAUAUUCCGUAUUCACAGAAGAUAACAAUAACAAUUAUUCUAAAGAUAUUGUAUUAAAAAUUAGUGAAAAAAAUGGAAUGUAUAUUAUACAUAGAGCGCUAAUUAAACAACUGAAUAAUAAACGUCAGGGAACAACAAAUACAAAAAAUCGUAGCGAUGUACGUGGAGGAGGAAAAAAACCAUGGAAGCAAAAAGGAACUGGUAGAGCACGAGUUGGAUCCAUUAGAUCUCCGUUGUGGAAAGGAGGAGGUGUUAUUUUUGGUCCUAAAAACAGAAAAUAUAAAACUAAAAUUAAUAAAAAAGAACAACAACUCGCACUUAAAACUUUAUUAUUUAAUAAAUUUCAACAAACAUGUGUAAUUGAUAAGAUCGGAGAAAAUAUUCAUACACCCAAAACUAAAUCUAUCAUAGAAAUUAUUAAUAAUCUAAACAUAAAUUUAAAUAAAAAAAAUAAAAUUUUACUUAUAGUUGUUAAUAAAAAUUCCAAUUUAUAUUUAUCACUUCGCAAUUUAGCAAAUAUAGAAUUAAUAGAAAUAGAUCAACUUAACAUUUUUGCCUUGCUUAAAGCAGACAAAAUUAUUAUUACCGUUAAUGCCUUAGAAAAAAUAAAUGAAAUAUAUAAUGCCUGA